AAACAACCAUGCCUCGAGUGUUGCCCCGGUAUUCCUUUUCAAAGUUUCAAAAUCAUUUCGCUUUCAAAAUAUCAUUACGCUAAAUCUAAAGAAAUCCAUUACAGCUUCUAUUCUUUCUUUUUGGUAUGUUUUUAGCUUUGUAAUUUUGUAAUUGUUUAUAAUGAAGUUUUGAAAGCUUUGUUCUGUACUGUGCGGCCGGCAAUUGUUGUGUGAGUUUAGGGAGAGAGAUACGAGUUUGAUCGAAACUACAAAGAGAGAAAAUGAACGUGGUGGGAAAACAUAUGUCGAGAUCUAAUACGACGACGCAUCACCACCGUCAGUACUCUGACAACGUCCUUGACUCAUCCUUCAAUGCGAAAUGGCUUCAAUCUUCAACCGUUACUCCUUCACAGGAGUGUGGUUUAUACGGAGGAAGAGUGAGCAGAAAGUCGCUGGACACAAUGGCGCCGCCGCCGCUUUCUACGCGGUCUACGAGUCUCGGGAGGACUUGGGAUGACUACGUGUCGCACGGUGAGCUCAGCCCUGGCUUGCUGGAUCUACACUCCUUUGAUACUGAACUUUUACCAGAGGUGCUGGCUACCCAAGUAAAUGAAGGAAACUGCCUCCAUCAGCCAAUUUAUGGUAUAAGUUUGGGUGACUCUGAACCAAAUUUCUCUACAAGCAAGAUUGCAAAUAGAUCACAAGGUGUUUCUGAGAAUAGCCUUCUUAAAAGUUUCUCUGCAGAUAAAGAAAGAUCCAACAAUGUUGCUAAGAUUAAAGUUGUGGUGCGGAAGAGACCAUUAAAUAAAAAGGAAAUAGCUAAGAAAGAGGAAGACAUCAUUACCAUAGAACCACAUUCCAAUUCUCUCGUGGUUCAUGAAACAAAACUGAAGGUUGACUUGACAGAGUAUGUAGAGAAACAUGAAUUUCUUUUUGAUGCUGUGCUGAAUGAAAAUGUUUCAAAUGGUGAGGUAUAUUCUGAGACAGUGGAACCCAUUGUCCCUCUAAUUUUCCAACGAACAAAAGCAGCUUGUUUUGCAUAUGGGCAAACUGGGAGUGGAAAGACUUACACUAUGCAACCACUUCCGCUUAAAGCAUCCCAAGAUAUUCUAAGAUUAAUGCACCAGACACAUUGGAACCAAGGAUUCCAAUUGCAUGUCAGCUUCUUUGAGAUUUAUGGUGGGAAAGUUUUUGAUCUCCUGAAUGAUCGAAAGAAGCUCUGCAUGAGGGAGGAUGGGAAGCAGCAGGUGUGCAUAGUGGGUUUGCAAGAAUACAGAGUAUCACAUGUUGAGACUAUUAGGGAGUUGAUUGAGAAGGGCAAUGCCACAAGAAGCACCGGCACCACUGGUGCAAACGAGGAGUCCUCCCGUUCACAUGCUAUACUUCAGCUUGCCAUCAAAAGAUCAGCUGACAGCAGUGAAUCAAAGCCUGCCCGACUAGUAGGAAAAUUGUCUUUCAUAGAUCUUGCUGGAAGUGAGCGAGGAGCUGAUACUACUGAUAACGAUAAACAGACAAGAAUGGAAGGUGCAGAAAUAAAUAAAAGUUUGCUUGCUUUGAAAGAAUGCAUUAGAGCUCUGGACAAUGACCAGGGUCACAUACCUUUUAGAGGGAGUAAACUGACUGAAGUUCUCAGAGAUUCAUUUAUUGGUGAUUCACGCACUGUAAUGAUAUCAUGUAUCUCACCAAACUCUGGUUCAUGCGAACAUACUCUCAACACACUGCGAUAUGCUGACAGGGUGAAGAGUCUCUCCAAAGGGAACAGCUCCAGAAGGGAUGCACUAUCUUCAUCUUCAAAUCUUAGAGAAUCCACUGCAUUGCCCUUAUAUUCAGCUUUACCUACUAAAUUAUUAUCUGAUGACAAUGUAACUGAUCUUCCCAGUGAAAAGAACAGAUUUGGGUGGGCCAAACAGAUUGACCGAGAACCAUCCCCACAUUCUAAUUUGGAUCGUGUUCCUAGUGGAAGGGCAGAGGGAAAUUUUCCUCCAUCUGUACAUUCAGAUUAUUACAAGUCUAAAGGAGGUGAUCAAUACAAUAUUGCUGAAGAUGAUUAUGAUUACUCUGAAGAGACAUAUGAACAAGAGAAAUCAUCAUAUAAUAAGACGUUUGAGAAUAACCAAACUUUAGCUUUGGAAGAGAGGUGGAAAACUGAUGCUGUGAAGAAGAGGAGGGAUUCUUUAGCCUUUGAGGCAAACAACUCUCAUUCAGACAAUGAUCUUAAUGCCUUGUUGAAGGAAGAGGAAGAUCUUGUGUCUGCUCAUCGUAAACAAGUGGAGGAGACUAUAGAUAUAGUUCGGGAGGAGAUGAAUUUGCUAGUUGAAGCGGACCAACCAGGAAAUCAACUAGAUGUUUAUGUCUCUAAAUUAAACGCCAUACUUUCACAAAAGGCUGCAGGAAUUCUGCAACUGCAAACCCGAUUGGCACAGUUUCAAAAGCAUCUGAAUGAAUAUAAUGUUUUGGUAUCUUCUUUAGGUGACUGAUUUAUGAAAACCCUAGAUUAUGUCAAUUGACCAAUUGGAAGUGCAAUAUGGUGGGAAGUUGAGAUGAGGAAUGGAUUUCUUUUCUUGUGGAUUUCUCCUUGUCACAUGUGGAAUGUUGACGUCUGCAGUGGAUGUUUGGAUUGAAUUAUUUUUUUCUUUUGAUCCACAUUACUGUUACCUCAAGUCAUUUGCUAUCUUGACUUGUGAGGUAAACAAUAUAUAAAUGCGUUUGCAGAUUGGCAUCUCUUUGUAAAAGCUCAGCCGCAAUGUAAUUUUUAAUCUUGGGUGAUGUUUUCUUUCCAUAAUAGGCUUUGUCCUUGAGCCAUGCCUAAACUUCUUGAUGCAUUAGUUUGAUGUUUAUACAAACUGCUGCUCUGUAUAUUUAAGAAACAAAGCUCAUUUCUUGUGCGGUUCUUUCA